AUGUCAACUGCUGCUCCGGCUUCUGCUGCUGCUGCUGCAGGUCCCUCUGGCGGUACUAGAGAUACCUUGAUCUUCGCUUGGGCUCGUGAAGUCAAGGCUGGCGGUACUGUUGCUGUGGUUCCCAGAGGUGCUGUGCCUGCAUGGGGUGCAGAGAGCAAGAAUACGGCUGUGACGGGAUCUGUUCGGCUCUUGGUAUUCUUUCGCAAGGUGAUCUUAGUUCAUCUUUCCGAACAUAAUCUGUACUUUAACGUCAAGAAUACCAAUGAGGCCGUAGCUGCUUAUACUGGACUUCCUAUUCCUCUUUAUCUUUGA